AUGCCGGCGCAAACACCACAACAACGCCAGGCAAACAUGCGUUUCGCCAAGGCGCAGGAGAAGAAGAUGGGCAAGCCCGAGUCAACGGAGCCCGUGGUCAAGAAGAGGGCGCCUCAGAAGAGCCCCAUUAGCAGGUUCUGGAUCAUUGUUCUUGCUUUCAUACUAGUCGGCGGUCUGCUCUUCGAGGUCCUUAAGCUGUUCUUUUAG